AUGUCGAACGUCCUCGUCACAGGGAGCUCUCGCGGGCUUGGCCUCGAAUUGGUCAAGCAGAUAGCUGCUCAUCAGGACCUGCAAGGUGGAGUGGUCGUGGCCACUGCUCGGACAUGCAGCCCUCAGCUGAAGGAGGUCAUCUCUGCGAGUAAUGAAGCCGUUGUUUUCGUCGCGCUCGAUGUAGCGGACGAGGGGGCCAUCGCAAACUUGGUCGAGCAAGUCAAAUCGGCCCUCGGGGGACGCAGUCUGGAUAUCCUGAUCAACUGUGCAGGUGUCCAUAGUGAAACGCAUGGCAAGGUGACUCUUAUCUGCCCUGAAUGCUGGUUGAAGAGCGAUAUGGGCGGACAAGACGCUGAUCUGACCGUGCCUCAGGGCGCAGAGGCAGUACUCAAGAUGGCUCUCGCAGCCGAUAGCCAGGACAAUGGAACCUUCAAGAAUAUCCAUGUUCCUGGUUGGGGAAAGUAUGAUGGACAGAACGUGGCGUGGCCCCCCUCUCCUGAUGCUGUCUCGACUACAAGCGACGAGGGGUCGAACUAUCAUGCAAUCCAGGCCAAGAACAUUAUACAGAUAGAUCUUCAGAACCCUCGCUUGAUUAGUCGUGAGCAACAGUCGGUGCUAAAGUCGGCGCUUCAAUUGGUGAGCAGCAUGGCCGACCAUCAGCCGCCCCCAUCUCUGGAAGAAGAGAAUCAUCUGCACGACUGCCCUAGUACGGUUGCAGAAGUACCACCGCGUGAGCUGUUAUUCAUGCUGCUGCCUGGCCCACCGGAGUCCGUGCGUAUACAGUGGCCAGAUCAUAUAUCGGACAAGGCCUAUGUAAGGAUGGCCACGCCCCUACUAAAAGACCGAUCGCAGCUCGACGCCAAGACAUUCCACCAGUAUUGCGUUUGUAUCUAUGUAAAAGCCAUUUUUCAUAUAUACCAGGUUUCACGAUCCAUCGACGACCCUGUUCUGCGAAAGGAGAUGUCAGAAUCCAGGUCAAACUAUGUAGCAGCAGCAAUGCGCAGCAUUGAGAAAUUCAACAUACUCAAACCACCAGAUCUCUUGACGAUCCAGUCCAUGGUGUCCAGUGCAUUGCUCAUGCAGCACUUAGGGAGACCACACCAAUGUUGGCUCUUUAUUUCAUAUGCCGCCCGACAAAUCACGGCCUUAAACUAUCACAAGAUACGCAGACUGCCAGCGACCUCCGAAACGGAGCAAGAGAUCAACAGUGUCGUCUACUGGUGCUACUAUCUCGACCAGACCUUGAGUUCUCUUCUCUGUCGGCCCUCUUCGCUACCCGACCUCGAGGUCUCCCCUACCGACCUUAUUGCAUUAGCGCCGUCGUCCCCGUACAAUGACCUUCUGCGGGUGAUAAUUGAUCUCGCCCAAAUUCAGGGCAAGCUGCGUGCAGUCUCUUGUGGUAGCAGAAACAAGCACCCCGAUCAAGCUCUCGAGACAUGCCAGCGCCUCGAGGCUAAAAUGCAGGCCAUUCUUCCACGCUUGCAGGCGGGUCGUGAUUCCCAUCCCCAAAUGGUCCAGUACGACUGGGUCGGUGUGGACUUUUGCUACUACGCCAUAUUCGUCGAGAUCCACCGUACCCGGCUGAAAAGCGCAUUCAGCCCAAAGGUUCACCGAGAAUGCCUCAUCAAUGCGCGCAAGUCGCUCCAAGCCUUUCACUUCCUCCAACAACACCCCGCCGAGCUUCCAGGGUUUGAUGAUCCAUAUCCGUCCUUCUUGACCUGCGCUUUCUUUGUCGUCUUCUGCAACAUUAUCGGCACCAUCGAUCGGGACGAUUACGACCUCUUGGAUCGGAUCAUCCAACGCCUGGAGCCGUUUAAGCAGGACCGCCACCUGGGCAAGCUUUUGAACCUGCUGCAGUCGCUGGAGCGUCUUUGCGCGCCCUUCUUCCAGGUAUCUGGUGGUCGGGGCGAUUCUGGCUCUGAGGCUGUCGCGCCUGAUGGCGAUCUACCAGUGCCGUUGGCUGGGACCAAUUUUGAUCAUGCGCAUAACACGGCAUCCCUGGAAACGUUUCACCCCAUAUUCCCUGAAGCCCCUGGUUUAGAGCCUAUGCCCACCGCCACCACCGACGUGGAUUCCUCUGCUGACUGGUUGAUGUGGCAGCUGUUCAAUAGCCAGGUUCCAGCGGGAUGGCUGGACAAGGAUGUCGACCCGUUCGAUGUUGGCCCCACGUAA